AUGAGACAAAGCUAUGGUCCAUGUAAAGUUGAAAACUGUAAAAAUAAUGAUCCUAAUACAAAUAAAUUUAGAACUUUUACUGAAGAUUCUAAAAGCAAAGCUAUAAAACAUAAAACAUAUGAAGAUUAUAAUUACCUUAAGAUUGGUGAUCAACUUUGUCAUCCACAUUAUUUAUCAAUUGUAGUGCCAAAUAGAG